GUCAGAGAUGGUCCUGGAGACGGCACGAAUUACGCCAUCGCAAGGACGGGGUUUUUCUCUCCCAACUUGCUGAAAGCAUAUCUUUUUGUUUAGAUUCUGGCUGAGACCGACUAGGAACUGACUAUUUGCUUGGGUCCAUUUUUUGAAGUGAGACACCUAGGGUUCUUUAACUGGGAGACCGAGAUUUGUCUGUCUCACAGACCCCUCGCAUCUACAUCUGCAUCUGCAUAUAUAUACGCUUCACCCACGCCUGUCGGACUGAAAGGACGUCAGCUACACACCAUGGCCCAAGAGACGGUCGCCAAUGGCGGCGCGCAGAAGCAAUACGAAAGAACGCAAUCUCAACCUGAGAACCCGUUUGCGACUCUCAUUCCCGAUCAGCACAUAGCAAUUGUCCCCGAGUUCACGCUUGAGUCCGGGGUCACCCUCCACAACCUCCCUGUCGCAUACACGACCAGGGGCAAGCUCAACCCUGACGGCGAUAAUGCCAUGGUCAUCUGCCACGCUCUCACUGGCAGCGCCGAUGUGAGUGACUGGUGGGGUCCAUUGCUGGGAGGACCCGGCCGCGCCUUUGAUACCUCACGGUUCUUCAUUGUCUGUAUGAACAGCCUGGGUAGUCCGUACGGCACUGCGAGUCCGGUAACGGCCAAGGAGAACGACCCCACCAAGGGUCGCUACGGCCCUGAAUUCCCCCUCACGACCAUUCGCGAUGAUGUCAACCUUCACAGACUCGUCCUGAACGACUUGGGUGUCAAGCAGAUUGCCGCCGUUAUCGGAGGAUCGCUGGGCGGCAUGUUCGUCCUGGAGUGGGCGUACUUUGGCAAGGACUACAUUCGAUGUAUCGUUCCCAUCGCCACCUCCAGCAGACACAGCGCCUGGGGCAUUAGCUGGGGUGAGGCUCAGCGCCAGAGCAUCUACGCAGACCCGAAGUAUGAUGACGGAUACUACCCCUUCGAGGACCCGCCGUCGACGGGACUGGGCGCCGCCCGCAUGUCGGCGCUGCUGACAUACCGGAGCCGCAACUCGUUCGAGUCUCGGUUCGGCCGCAACAUCCCCGAUCCUUCCAAGGUGCAGACCAUCCGGGAGCGACCCCAGCCCACGACGCCGUCGGAGGCGCACUUCCACAUCCACAACGAUGGCCACAAGGUGAAGCGCAAGACGCGUUCGCGCGACAACAGCCAGAGCGUAACUCCCGACGGGGCCUCUGCGACCCAAGCCCCAGACCCAGCUGCGGACGUUGCUGAUCCGCAGUUCCACGGUCCAAGCAAGGGAGGCCUCACUGGAGGCGAAACGCUGCCGACUUCGACCUACUUCUCGGCCCAGUCCUACCUGCGCUACCAGGGCGGCAAAUUUGUCAAGCGGUUCGAUAGCAACUGCUAUAUCGCCAUGACCCGCAAGCUGGACACGCACGACGUGUCAAGAAACCGAGCCGGCAGCAUCGCCGAGGCGCUGGCCAUGAUUGAGCAGCCCACUCUGGUGCUGGGCAUUGAGAGCGAUGGUCUCUUCACCUUUGCGGAGCAGGAGGAGAUUGCAGAGCACAUCAAGAACUCGCGCCUAGAGCGAAUCGACAGUCCCGAGGGCCACGAUGCGUUCCUGUUGCAGUUUGAGCAGGUCAACAACUACGUCCUCGGGUUCCUCAAGGAGGUGCUCCCAGACAUCAUGAACAAGGACGGUGGCGCACCCGAGGAGGCCGGGGUGGGACAGUUGACAAAGUCGAGCACCUUUGGAGAAGCAGAGGUGGAAGACAUCACUGCUUGGUAAAUGCAAUAUGGCACAAGGUAUGAUGAUUUAGUUGGGGUCUAAAUUUCCGGGUAUUAUAGCCAAAGAAGAGGUAGAAGGAAACCAAAAAUUUAACUGGGAUGGUCGUCAACGUAAACUCUUGCCAACAACAAGUUCCUAACAGCGAAGCUCUGUAGUUAGCCGAUAAAAGUGAGUCGGGUAGAGUCAUUUCCAGCUAAAUGGAAAAUCUCUUUAUUUA